GACUCCCCCCUCCCCUCCCAGGCUCCCACCACCUUCGCUCGUUCGCAGCAAUUCCCCUGCUCGCUUCCAGUCUGUUCCCCUUCCGGCCAAGAAAGCUCAUCGGCCGGCGCGACGAGGCCACACACGCGCAAACCCCCGCCGCGCCGCUUUGCUUCGCCCCAGGUUGUUGGGCUUCUCACGUCCCUUCGCAAUGGACUAUACAUCGGAUGGAGACUCAGAGCUUGAAGCUUAUGGUUCUGACACUUAUGCACUUCUGCUAUCAGGAGAUAUAAAAGUGAUGCAUGAUGGGAGUUCAUACAAGUGCCCCUUUUGUUCGGUUGGAAAUGGUGACUAUAACAUACAUGAAUUACUGCAGCAUGCCUUGAGUGUGGGGGCUGCCCAUGACCAGGAAGCAAAACAGAAGGUAGACCAUCGAGCCCUUGCCAAGCAUUUGAAGGAUGAACCAGCUAAAUCACAUAGUCCACUGCUGAGGCCAAUCAUUAUGGAUCCACAGCCUCCUCAACAUAAAAGGGAUGAGCUGUUUGUCUGGCCCUGGAUGGGUAUCAUAGUCAAUAUGCCUUCUGAAUAUGUUGGAAAAAGUGCAAACCGGCUGAAGGAGCAUUUCUCCUGUUUUCAUCCAGUUAAAGCACAUCAUGUGUACAGUAAAGGUUUUCCUACAGGUAAUGCUAUUGUUGAGUUUGGCAAGGACUUUGGUGGGUUUAGGAAUGCACGAAUAUUUGAGAAUCAGUUUGAGAAGAAUGGGUAUGGGAAAAUGGGCUGGCAGGAAAAAGAGCGCAGAGGGUCAGAGCCUUUUGGAUGGAUCGCUAGGGCAGAUGAUUACAAUGCUCCAGGGGCAAUAGGGGACUUUCUAAGGAAAAAUGGCGAUCUGAAGACGGUUGACGGCGUUGAGAAUGAAGAAAAAAAUAAAAAUGAGAAACUUGUGGCCAGUUUAUCUUCUAAGGUUAUUGAAAAGAAUAUGCAUUUAGAAGCACUUGAAUGUGAGUAUCAGGAGAGAACUGUGUCAUUGCAAAGGAUGAUGGAACAGAGGGAACAUCAGCUCCAGUCAUACAGCCAAGAACUCCAAAAGAUGCGACAGUGCUCUGUCGAACAUACACAAAAGAUUGUUGACGAGAACAAGAAGCUGCGCUUUGAUCUUCAGUCUAUGACGCAUGAGCUUGAUGCAAGGUCCAAAGAACUUGAUGAGUUGGCUGCACAGACUGAUUGCGAUAGAAGGAAGCUUGAACUGGAGAAGCAAAGGAAUGCGACGAAGUCCAAUCAUCUUAUGCUGGCAGAAAUGGAGUAUCAGAAAGCUAAUGAGAAUGUUCGCAAGCUUCUCGAACAACAACAGAAAGAGAAAGAAACUGCUUUAAACAAUGCUAAGAAGUUGGAGGAACAGUUUCAUGUGAAGCACAAUCUUCAACUAGAAAUAAAGCACCUGACAGGAAAAUUGCAAGUGAUAAAGCUCACACCAGGCAAUGAAACUUCAGAAACAGGGAAAAGAAUAGCUGAACUGACAGAGGAGCUGCAAGAUAAGAUCGAUGAGAUGGAAUAUACAGAAAACUACAACCAAGGUCUGAUCUUGCAAGAAAAAAAGGCUGCUGUUGAGUUGCAAGAAGCUCGGAAAUUUGUGUUAGAUGCUCUACAGGACUUGGGUGGUCAGACCAGUGACAAAGCACACGUAGGCAUCAGGAUGAUGGGUGAGCUUGACUCAAAGGCAUUUUUAAAUGUGUGCAGGAAAUAUUUUCCAAACGAUGAUGCGGAAGUUGAAAGUGUUAAGAUUUGUUCAAAGUGGCAGAACGAAAUUAAAAAUCCAGAAUGGCGUCCUUUUAAUGGAAAAGAAUCGGAAGUGAUCAAUGAGGAUGACAUGAAGCUCAAGGAGCUGAAAGAGGUGUACGGCGAGGAAGCAUAUGCUGCGGUGGUGACGGCGCUGAUGGAGCUGAAUGGCAGCGGCAGCGGGAGCAGGGUUCCUUUCCCGGAGCUAUGGAACCAGAGGGAGGGGAGGAAAGCAAAAUCCAAGGAAGCGGUCCAGCAUGCCAUCAAGCUGUUCAAGGCGAGCAAGAGACGGCGUUGAGCUGCUCAACACUAUGGCUCCUGUAGAACCGACCCUAACUAAGCAGGACGCCUUUCUAUGUUUGCUCAUGUAUUAAGUAGAGGGAAAUGGUGCUGCAGCAACUUGUGCUUUCUGCGGUAAUUAAGUGGCUACCAGCAGUUGUUCGUCGUCCAUGGCUGGGCUGGCUGCUACUUUAUUCGUGUGUGCGAUGAAACCCUCCAGCAUCUGAGACUGUUAGUGUUCUAUAUGGGAUGACACUAACCGGUAAAGUAUUAGUUAUAUGUAUUUAGCUAUGUGAAGGAUUAUAUUUGACUUGUCAAUUUUUUU